AUGGACAACGUAAGAGCAAAUAGACCGGUGCGCAGGACUGGCCUCAUCGCCCUUGAGAUUCAGAAGCUCGGCCUGGACAUUGUUGCCCUCUCCGAGACCCGUCUCCCUGGUGCCGGGCAGAUCGAGGAGCCUCGGCACGGGUACACCUUCUUCUGGAGCGGACGAGCGGUGGAGGAGAGAAGAAUUCACGGUGUAGGGUUCUGCAUUAAGUUACAUCUGGUUAGGGAUCACAACAUCAUCCCCGUAAGAACUUCUGAGAGACUCAUGUCCAUCACUCUACCUCUAUGUCAAUCCCAAUCCCUUGUGAUCAUCAGCGCCUAUGCACCUACCCUGGACGCCUCGGAGGAGGCGAAGGAGUCCUUCUAUGCCGCGCUGCGAGGCCUGAUCCUCCGCGUCAACCCCCGGGAUAAGCUCUUGGUUCUGGGGGAUUUCAACGCGCGGGUGGGCCAGGACCAUCAGCUUUGGGGAGGGAUUCUGGGGAAGGAAGGCGUUGGCAACUGCAACGAAAAUGGAGAACUACUCCUUGUUCUCUGCGCAGAGACGGAAAUGGUAAUAACCAACACACUGUUUCGGAUGGCCAACAAGCGCAAGACCACCUGGCAACAUCCAAGAUCCGGCCACUGGCACCUGAUCGUUUACGUCCUUAUCCGCAUCUGCGACCGAGCGGACGUCAUGGUCACGAGGGCAAUCCGCUCCAUGGAUGACGGAUGGUCCGAUCACAGGCUGGUAGCCUCAAGACUUAGGCUAAAGAUCGCGCCUGCGAAAAGAAGGAAGAAGAUCCCCAAGAGGAUACGUUUCAAUGUUGGGCUGCUGAGGAAUCCCGAAGUCCUCGAACAGUACCAGACGUCCCUCGCGGACAAACUGGACACUCAACCUCGGACCCUUCCUGCCAUUGUCCACUCAGACUGGGAGCACUUGAAAACUGCGCUCACCAAAUCCGCGGAAGAGGUCCUCGGUAUCCAGAAGAGGAGAAAUCCCGAUUGGUUUGCCGAAAAGAAGGGCGACAAACUCGACUGUGGAAACUAUCGUGGAAUUUCCCUGCUGUCAACUGCUGAAAAACUCAUCUGUCGUAUACUGGCCGACCGACUCACCUGUCUCGCUGAGCGGGUUCUUCCGGAGUCCCAGGCGGGCUUCCGUCCAGGCAGGGGAACCGCGGACAUGGUGUUCUGCGCCAGGCAGCUCCUGGUGAAGUGCCGGGAGCAGCGGAGGGAGUUCCACGCCAUCUUUUAUGAUCUGGCCAAAGCGUUUGAUUCUGUGCCCCGAACAGCACUCUGGAAAGUGCUGGAACGUCAAGGCUGCCCCCCCAAAUUCAUAUCCCUCAUCCGGAUGUUUCACGACGGCAUGAAGGGUUGCGUCCUGACUCAGGGCGAAAUGACUCCCCCAUUCCCGGUUCGGACCGGUGUCAAACAGCGCUGCACGGUGGCGCCGACGUUGUUCUGCCUCUACAUCGCCGCACUCAUCCACCACGUCACCCCUGUCCAGGAGCACGGAAUCACUCUACGCUACCAAACUGAAGGGUCAGUCUUCAACCUCAGCCGUUUGAGGAGCAAGCAGGGGACCGUGGUCACGACCGUCAGCGAACUCCAGUACGCUGAUGACAAUGCUGCGGUCUCCAACUCCUCCGGGGGCCUCCAGCUCAUCGCGGAUGGCUUCGCCGCGGCGUACAAGCUUGGUAUCACUGACAAGGAGAUCCAGAGGGUAGCCACUCUGCGUGAAGCUGAGGACAAGUGGGAGGGGAAAAAUUCAGAUGACCUGCUGUCUCGUUCCAGUAAGCUUUUCUAA